AUGGGUUCAGAAGCUGUGGAUUUAUAUCGAAAGAUACCUAAUAAUUUACACGAUGAAAUUUCGUCUAUUUGUGUUCUAAAUGAUUCCUCGCACGCAAGUCUUCUUGAUCAGGCCUAUUCGAUCUUCAAUACAAUCUCUCGUAAAGCGGAACAAAUCGUCGCUAUAAUGUCGUCUUUUUUAUUCGAUGAAGCACAACAGCUAAUAGAAGUUUAUGAAAAAUCUAAUCCGCUUUGUUCAUCAAUGUAUAUGGCUAUAUUAUCUGGUGCACGUAAUUCGCGGGACUCUAUUUUAUCAGAAAAGAUGUAUCGAAGAAUGAAGAUCCCAUUUCCAGAUGAAAAAGAAGCUGUCGUAUCUGGUUCAAUUCGCCUUUGUAAUAUAUAUUCAUCGUUAGGUGAUCAUGAAGAAGUGGAAGAUAUUCGAUUUAAUCAAAUAAAAGAAUUAGGAAAAAAGUUCAAGGAGAUUUAUCGUGGACUGAAGUGA